AUGGACAUGGACAUGGACAUGAACAUGAACAUGAAGAUGGACAAGGGCAUGCCAGGCAGGCAGCCAGCCAGGCAGCUUGUCGAUUGGGCCAGCUCGUCGCUGGCAGCAGCAGCAGCAGCCUUUAUGAUUAUUAGUCAGGCUUUGGCUCUGACACGGGCGGCCAAUGCGGCAGCUGUGGUGGCUGCUGCCAAUGUCAAAUCGCCAUCGGCUGCUGCUAGCCUCAUGGACAUGGCCGUCAAGAAGGAGCAUUCACUGUCGCCGACACACAGCGUCCUCCCCGAGGACUCCAGCGUUGGCGUUGCCCUUGGCCAGCUACAGCACAGACGCAGCUCGCUGCAGGGAGUGCAGGAGAAGUUGACACAGCUGCAGAUGCAGCAUCAGCAGCAUCAACAGCAGCAGCAGCAGCAGCAACAACAGCAGCAACAACAGCAGCAACAGCAGCAGCAGCAACAGGCUGCAGCAGAGACAACAAAUGCCGCCGGGCGACGUUCCACAGAGGGCAGUCCGCCGGCUCUGGGCUUGCUGCCCCAUCAGCACCAGCACCAACAGCAGCAGCAACAGCAGCAGCAACAAUCACAGCAGCUGCUGCUGAACACCGAGUCUGGCAGCGGCAACGCGUUGUCCUCCUCUGCGGGCUCUAGUCAAAAUGCCUCCUUAGCGGCGACACCCAAGAGCGAAAGAGAACGCGAACGCGAACGCGAACGUGAGCGUGAGGAGCGCGGCAGCAUCUCCUGCUUACCGCCCGCUGCGCUGGGCAUGGCUGUGGGCGUGCAGGCGCAGCAGCAAGCCGAGAAGCUGCUCAGUCAUCCAGCACUGGAAGCUCGACGAGAUUUCGAUGUCAGCAAAGUAAAUCCGAAAUCGCUUCCGCUGCACUGCGUGGUGGAGUCUGUGCACUCGCUGCACGCCUCGCUCACCAUCGACACACGCCAGCCGUGGAAGCGUCGACCAAACAUUGAGACGGACAGCUAUGUGAUCAUUGCAGCAGCCACGCCCUGGAGCGAGAUAGUUCAGACUGCGCUGCAGCGUCUCGGCUACUCGCAGGAGGUAGCCAAUACAGCCAGAGGCUCUCUCAUCAUUAAACACUGGAAGCCCAUACCCUUGGAAAAGAUCUCUGACAAUCCGGCUGUGCCGGUUAGCGAUAUAGUUGGUGAACUGACCUCCGUUAUAACGCUGCGCAUUGUCAUCUUGCGGCCGAAAACCUCGCCAUUUGGCGAGAUCAAGGACAAGCUCUUGAAGCUGCUCGUGCUGCAAUCCCAUGCCCUGCUACGCUCCACCGGCUGCCCACUGGAUGAGGUGACGCUCUCGCAAAUCUGUCGCAGCUCACAUCAGAAUACCUAUGCACUGCCUGGUGGGGAGAUCUCCGAUGAGCUGCGGCGCAAGUUUGAUCAAUGGUGGUCGAACCAGCUGUCGCCGCAGUCCGCUAUGACGCCAAAGAUGCUGCCGUUUAUGUCGGCGCCUUCGACGGUGCCCGUUGUGCCCGGCGACAUGGACUUUCCCGUCGGCACAGCCAUGGCGGCUGCUGCAGCUGCGGCGGCACAUGCGGCAGGCGCCGCUGCCAAUCCUUUGGGCGCCAUGAGCAGUCGCGAAUCGCUGCUGCUGGCCAACGAGGCGGCUGGACAUCAUGCCAAUGCCGCCGUGGUGGGUCAGGCCCAGGCAGCUGGCCAUCAUGGCAAUAUGCUGGUGCAUCCAAUGCACGCGGGCAUGCACCAUCAUCAUCAUGCCACGGCGCAUGCCGGCCAAUAUCCCAGUCAGAAGACGCGCAUGCGCACCAGCUUUGAUCCCGAGAUGGAGUUGCCCAAGCUGCAGAAGUGGUUCCAGGAGAACCCACAUCCGUCGCGUCAACAGAUCCAGACCUAUGUGGUGCAGCUGAAUGCGCUGGAGUCGCGUCGCGGUCGCAAGCCACUCGAUGUGAACAACGUGGUCUAUUGGUUCAAGAACGCGCGCGCGGCCCAGAAACGCGCCGAGAUGCGCGGCGGCAGCUUGGGCAAUGCGAUGAGCGCUCUGGGCCAUGCGGCCAUGAACGGCUACUUGAGUCAGCAUGCGCCGCUGGGUCAGAAUUCGAGCAGCAGCGCUGGCAGCCAGCCGCUGAGCAUGGGCAAUCUGUCCAUGUCGCAUGACUAUCUCAAGAGUCCCAUGAGCUUAAAGUCCGAGGACAUUGACACCAUGUCGCAGCACUCGGACGAGCUGGAGGAGGAGCCCAGCAGGCCAAGCACGCCGCAGUUGCCGCUUUCGCUAACCACGCACGAGCGACAUCGCAGCUCGCCCAUGCUGGAGGAUGAUGAAGAUGAGGAGCAGCAGCAGCAACAGCAGCAGCAGCAGCGUUCGAAGAGCGCUAACAGCGAUGUGGUCAAUGGCGUCGAGGAGCACGACGAGAAGCCCAUCGUGCUGAAGGCCAGCGAUGCUGCCGAGUUGCCAGAUCAGGACAACUCCAACUCCAAUGCCAAUGUCAGUGCGCCAGCAGAAGCCGCAGGCACUGAGGAAGCCAGCGCCGCUGCCAACAACAACAGCAGCAACACCAGCAGCAGCAACAAUAACAACAACAGCAGCAGCAACAACCACGGCGACAACAACACCGAGCAGGAAACUGGCGGCAGCCCAACCAAGCGCAGCACGCCCAAGGAAGAGGAGGAUGACCUCGACAUGGAUGAGGAUGACGAUGACAACGAGCAGGACACCAGUCAUCUGGAUGAGUUUCGCUCGCCCUCGCCGGAUCUAGCGGGCAGCGUGACGCCACACAAGGACCAGCUGCCGUUUCCCAUGGUGCCCAACUCGAUGUUCUCGCAAUCCUUCAUGUACAUGAGCCACUAUAUACCGGCCUUUGGCCAGGCAGCCGCCGCCCAUCCGCAUGCCCAUCAUGCGGCUGCGGCCGCGGCAGCUGCCGGACUGCAGCCAAAUGCCUUGAUGGGCGGCGCCGGACUCAAUUUGUCGAGCAUUUCGAAUGAGGAGCGCCGCAAGCGCAAUCGCACCUUCAUCGACCCAGUGACUGAGGUGCCCAAGCUGGAGCAGUGGUUCGCCAUGAACACACAUCCCUCGCACAAUCUGAUACUCAAAUACACCGAGGAUCUGAAUACCAUGCCCUAUCGUCAGAAGUUUCCACGGCUGGAGAGCAAGAAUGUGCAGUUCUGGUUCAAGAAUCGCCGAGCCAAGUGCAAGCGGCUCAAGAUGUCGCUCUACGACAACAGCCAAUGCGGGCAGCUGGGCGGCCUCGGUGCCUUUGUGCCCAAGUACGAGGAGCGCGACUAAACACAACUCUGUCUCUCUCCCUCCCAUUUGUAUAUAUUAAAAGAAAAGGAAAAACUAACUUAGACUUAACUACUAUGCAGCUAUGACAAAUUGAGUAAAAAGCAAGUUGAAUUCCCUUAGACUACCUAGUUAAGCAACGUCUCUUCAAAGUAUUAUAGCCGGAGCUAUUAUCUAGACCCAGUAACCAGGCCCAGUAAGCAAAGAAGAAUUAGCAAAAAAAAAAAAAGAAAAGAAAACAAAACUAAAAAGAGUAAAUAAAACUUAGUUAAAAAUUAAAAUUAGCUGAACUAAACGUACUUUAAUUUAUCGCGGAAAAACACAAAAACACGUUUUGUAGCUCACGAACUAAUCAAAUAUCUAAUAAUAUAUAUGCAUAUAUCUAUAUAGCACUCUAAAUAUAUCGAAAUAAGUUGAACUAUUCAAACCAUUUGCAAAGUUAGGAGUGUAACCAAAGAGAGCCAAUUUCAUCUGUAAAUAUAUAUGUUACCCAUAUCUAUAUAUAUAUAUAUAUAUAUAAAACGAAGUCUAUAGUUUGACAAGCAUUGGGAAUUACUUGUUUCCUCUUCAAAUAAUAUUUGGUUUCGCCUUAUUUUCUCGUACGUUUUCCAGCUUAGCACAUAUCUACGAAGACAACAAGCAAAAAUUAAGCAAAAUUAAGCAAAAUUAAUCUAAAACACUUUUGGUAUUUAAUACCUGACAUCAGCUCAACUACAUGCCAAAGGGCAUUACUUUUUCAGCUGAAAACGCAGCUGCAAUUCAUUUCAAUUUAACAACUUAAAGAAAAAAAGUAGAUUCACAUUUAUAGCCACACUUGAACGUGUUUAAUAUGAAUUGUUCCACUAGAUCCAUAAGCACACAAAAUCAACAAAAAAAUAUAUAUAAAAAAAUAUAAAAACCCAACUAAAUUUACUUGUAAUUUAUUGAAAGCAUAAACAUAAAACACACACACU